AUGGCAGAUGGUAAAACCCAUAUUCCAAAAGACUUGGCUCCUUAUGAGGAUCUUCUGCUCAAAGGGAUCAACAUGUACAUACCUGUCGACUCUGGUCGGUCCUUUGAGUGGAUUCAAACGAGCACGAACAGCUUGUCAGAAUCACGCGAAAUGUGGGAGGGGAGUAAGGUCCACAAAGAUUUCAGCGACCGAUUGACCGAGGUGUGGCGCGACAAUCAACAAUACAAGGAGAUAAAUAAUAUCGUCUGCUUCGGGCUGGGACCUAUCGACAUCGCAAGCGAGAAAAGGCCAGACGACAUGGAGCGUACGAAUCCCUGGCUGAGCAGGUAUCGCGUACUCCUCGCUUUCGACAUAGCUCGCAUGCUGAAAGAUGACUUCCAGCGUGAAGAGGUGGAACUGAUCUUCCACGACACAACGGACGAGUGGCAAUACCGGGAGUUGAUACAAGAGCUGGCAAAUGAUCAGAAACAGAAAAUAAGCUUCCUGGAUACCUGCGAGGCAAUACGCAAAGUGAACGGGAACACCCUGGUACUGGCACACGGCAUCCCUAGAGAGGGCUUGCCACUACGCUCCAUCAUUCUCGACAAAACAGAGAAGUACGGUGGCCCGGCUGGCAUCUUGUGCGAAGACAUACCUGAAAUCAAGACUAUUGAAGAAGAGGCUACUAUUACGGCGAGAGAAAUCGCGGCGAGGGAACUUAGGUCGAGAGAAAAGUUACGUGAUCCUCCUACCAAGCGUAUGGUGCAUCAAAUGGAGAAGUACGGAAUGAAGCCUAUGUGCGGGAUUGAUGAAUGGAAGGUGACUAUGUACUUGAAGUCUGGCGGUUCAUGUAGGCGGAAGUAG